CACUUCCGGCUCCCCCUUCCACUACUUCCUGCAUGUGCUGACAAUAUGGCAGCCCCCAUAGCGAUUCAUCUGGAGUUUGGUGGUGGAGCAGAGCUGCUUUUUGAUGGUGUGAAGGAACAUCAUGUGACCCUUCCCAGCCAAUCCCAACCUUGGGACGUAAAGCAGCUGCUCGUCUGGAUCCAACGGAACCUGCUGAAGGAACGGCCCGAGCUCUUUGUCCAGGGAGACUCCGUGAGACCUGGGAUUCUGGUGCUUAUCAAUGAUGCAGACUGGGAGCUAAUGGGGGAGCUGGACUACCAACUACAGGACCAAGACAACGUUGUGUUUAUUUCUACUCUUCAUGGAGGAUAGCGAAUGAGUGAGGAUACAAACAUAUCCUUGGCAUCUCUGUAACAGCCUUUUCUCCACAUCCUCUGCACUCUCUCUCCGCCCCCCGCCAUCUCAACAACAAGCCACCCCAUUGGACGCUGUGGAUGUGUCAGCCUGCACCGCGAGGUCCGACCGUGAUUGAUGUUGGUCCGCAGGAAUGAGUAGAAAUUCAGAGAUGGUUACCACGAAAAAUGUGGAAACUGAGACAGGAAAUCUGUGGAAGUUCGCGUAACAUUUUUAUUUUAUUUUUUUUAUCAAACUGGACAGGUAAAGGGCAGUCAUAGGAAGCUCUUGUUGUACUGGCCCACUCACAGGAGCGAGUUAUAAAUACCUACAGUCGUUGUGUAGACCUUCAUCUGCCUGCAUCCUCUCUUCCAGUGUGACCGUGACAGACAAAAUGACCUAAUGACUUUCAGUCCACGAGAAUAUAAAAUAAAAGGUAACACUUAGCCAUCACUAAUUAGCAUUACUAAGCAGUAUACAACUUUAACAAUAUGUUCAUAAUGCACUGUAAUGUCAUAAGCACAUAUAAGGACAUUUCAAGUGUUUAUGUAUUUUUCAACAAUUAUAAUUUACCCUAUGACGACAUAUUUUAUUUAAUUAUUUUAUGUGUUACAGUUGACCACAAAUGAUAAACAAAAAUGUCCUUCCAUCUGCUUAUGACUACAUUAUAGUGUGUUAUCAAAUGUGUAUAUAGUGCUUAUAAAUGCGAAUUAGAGGGGUGUUGAUAAAGUACAAAAGUAAUUGUGUGGUCCAAUGUGAUUGAACAUUUGUUUUUUAUUAUGAUUUAUUCUUCUAAUUUCUUCUUAUAUUUUUCUUCACAAAAUAUAAAAAAAUAUUAAAAGUGUUUUUGAUUUUUACUAAGA